GGAAAGGGAAGCUUAAAUGAGUGAGAGCUGGGGGUGGGGGGGGGGCAGAACAAGGAGGAGGAGAGAGAGAAUGAAAGAGUGAAUUAACUCAACCUUAGGCAGCCCUGAUUGACUCAGUUCCAAACUGGCAUGUAGAAACAUUUAUGGUGAUAACAAAGCCAUGGAGAGAGAAAAGAGGAAUGACAUGUCCUUCUCUAGGAAGAGAAGUUUUACUUUUGGGGCAUAUGGCGGUGUGGACAAAUUCACCUGUGGGGAUGAGACAAGACCUGAAUCUGUGGAGGGAAACAUUCUGGAGGCUCUGCAUUCUCCAACCACUGGAAGCAAGCCUUUCAUAUCCUCCACCAACAAUCAAAGGGAUGCAGAACUGUUUGAAAUCAUAAUGAAGCUGCAGGGCAGCAGGAUCGAUGAGCAGAGAUGCGAGUUCCCGCUUCCUCUGAAGUCUCAGCUUUUGAAAAUAGGUGCAGAUCUGCCUCUCAUUCUUCCCUCCAAACUGGGAGGCUACUGGAUUGACCCACCUCUGGAAAAGCUCAGAGAUGUGAGUCCCACCUUGUCCCACCAUGGUCUCGAUCCAGAGAGCUACGACAUCAUGGAGAGAGAUGGCGAGGCCAAAAUCUACCAUGAGUUUUUUCGCUCUCGAUACCACCAUUCAUUCAUAGCUGUGGAUCCAUCGCUGGGGCCUUUGGUUCUCUCUGUAUGUUUGGAGGACGAAGAGAAUAAACUUCGGGUGAUUUUAAGGAUGAAGGAAUGUUCCCUGCAUGGCACUUUCUCUUUGUCCCUUUUCAACAACAUGCCAUCAGCUGUAGAGUUAGCAAAGAGGCUGUGUGAUAAAGUGACGGUCUCCAAGUUUGAAGUGGUCAGCUACCUCAAGGCUCCAGACCUAAUAACAGCCUUUGAUGAGCACAGAGUCUCCUCUAAUUUUAAGUUUGGUGUUCUGUACCAAAAGGAGGGGCAGUUCACAGAAGAGGAUAUACUGAGUAACAAUGAGGAAAGUGAGAAGUUUAGAGAGUUCCUGUCCAUUCUGGGAGACGUUGUUCAGCUGCAGGGAUUCACAGGCUUCAGAGGAGGACUGGACGUGUGUCAUGGCCAGACGGGAAAUGAAGCAGUCUUCACUUCCUUCAACGGAAGAGAAAUCAUGUUCCAUGUUGCAACCAAGCUGCCUUAUACAGAGGCUGACCCUCAGCAGUUACAGAGAAAAAGGCACAUCGGUAAUGACAUUGUAGCUCUGGUUUAUCAGGACGGACAAACCCCUUUUUUGUGUGACGUCAUAAAGUCUCACUUCCUUCACUGCUUUGUUGUGGUGCGGAGAGUUCAGAGGGAGGAGAAGGCAGGUGGAGCCGCUUACCAGGUGUCUGUUACAGCCAGAGAGGAUGUGCCUCCUUUUGGACCCAUCAUCCCUGAUCCUCCACUUUUCAAAGAUCCUUUACAGCUGAGGGAAUUCCUUCUCACCAAACUUAUCAACGCAGAGAUCUCCUGCUAUAAGGCUGAGCAGUUCAGCAGGCUGGAGCUGCGUACGCGCUCAUCGCUCCUGGAGAGCUUGCAUAAUGAACUCUUCAGUCGUUCCCGCUGCAUGAUGGGGGAUCCAUCAAUCGCUGCCGCCCCUCCUUCUGAGAACACACGGGGCGCCUCUGAAGGAAGCGGAGGUUUUAUUGAGAAUUUCAAGCGAGCCAUCAGAGUACGAAGCCAUUCAUUUGAGACCCUGGGAGUUCCUAGGAAGAAUGCUGGUAAUUCAUCACAGAAGCAGAAGGUAGACAAAGAUGCAGAGAGUGACAGCUCUGGAACAGCUGAACUCAAAGAUCAAGCAAGUCCUCAGGAGGAGACAUAGAGAAUACUACUACUUGAAGAUCUAAGAUCCAAAUUAUUAUUUUAAGACUAGAUUUUUACCUUUGUCAUAUAUUUAUUUUAUGCUUGUGGAAUAGACAUUUUAGAUUAUUAAUAAAUUAAAAUGUAAUUUGACUUCAAUAUUGAUAUCAAUAAGGAGCAAAUAAUUAAAUUAUUAGAACUUUAAAACUGAUCUAAUAGAAAUAAAAAUGACCGGUAAUUUUGAAAAAGAAAAGGUGUUCAUUAGUUAUUUAUGUUGUCCAAAUUACAUAAUUGUAAAUAUUGAAAAUGUUAUCUAGACAAAAACAAAAGUAAAUUACAGGAUGAAUCAUAAAUCAUAUUUAAGUACAAAAAAUGUACAGAUCUGUGUUUUUGUUGGUGGAUACAGAGUAAAGGUUGAAACAAAACUUUUUGUUGUUCCAAUUUACACUAAACAAACUGAUAGACAUUUUGAUUAUACUGUUUUUAACUUGUAUUGUUAUAAGUGGCCUCAUGUAGCAUUUAAUUAAAGGAGAAAUAACAAGCAAUAAAGUCAUUGA